AAAUUUUAAUAUAUGCAUAAAAGCAGCAACGUCACUAUAAAAACACUCAAAAUAAGUACACUCGUCAAGAUAAUUCCUUACAGCCCCUAAACGGGGAUAUUAUAUUCUCCAGCGUUGAAGCGCUUCCUCUCUCUCCUUCGCUAAUCCCAUCGUCUCUCUGCACCGUUUUAUCCUAGGUCCACGAAGACCCCAUUGCAUAGAGAACCAGAGACUCCCAGGGAGAGAAGACAGACUUCUGGGGGGAGGCGAACAGAUCGGAGCUCGUUGCUUUCCGAAGACCCGAUGGCCUGGAGGCGCCUCAUAACGCAGGUUGCGAGGCAAGAAUCACAGUUGGGACAACUCAAAAAUUUGUUUUUAAGAAAUUAUCUGCCUUUCCAAAAAUUGGGAAACCAUGGAGGUAACAGGAUUUCACGCGCUCAAGAAAGAUUUCAAUCAAGCUAUGUUGGCAGUUUUACUCGCAGAGUACGGGAUGCAGAUGAAGCCAGUGAGGUUGCCCAUCUUAAAGAGCUUUACCAUCGAAAUGAUCCAGAAGCAGUGAUAAGAUUAUUUGAAAGUCAGCCAUCAUUGCAUUCUAAUCCUUCAGCUCUUUCUGAAUAUGUUAAAGCAUUAGUGAAAGUUGAGCGGUUGGACGGAAGUGAGUUGCUCAGGACGUUGCAGAGAGGAAUUGCAGGCACUGCAAACUAUGCUACAGAGGAAGAAAGCAUUGGAGGUCUUGCAGCACUUAGAAAUGUAGGGAAACCUGCAAAAGAUGGUGCUGUUCUUGGAACUGCUAGUGCUCCUAUUCAUAUGGUGGCUACAGAAGGAGGGCAUUUCAAAGAGCAGUUGUGGCGUACAUUCCGCACCAUUGCACUGGCUUUUCUUUUGAUUUCUGGUGUGGGUGCUUUAAUUGAAGAUAGAGGAAUCAGUAAAGGACUUGGUCUAAAUGAAGAGGUGCAACCUAGCAUGGAAUCUAACACAAAAUUUAAUGAUGUGAAGGGGGUUGAUGAAGCGAAGGCUGAGCUAGAAGAAAUUGUUCAUUAUCUUCGAGAUCCCAAGCGCUUCACUCGUCUUGGUGGCAAGCUUCCAAAAGGUGUUUUGCUUGUUGGUCCUCCUGGCACUGGGAAGACUAUGUUAGCAAGAGCUAUUGCUGGAGAAGCUGGGGUGCCUUUCUUUUCAUGCAGUGGCAGUGAGUUCGAAGAGAUGUUUGUUGGUGUUGGGGCCCGAAGGGUGAGGGAUCUUUUUGCAGCUGCGAAGAAACGGUCACCUUGUAUAAUAUUUAUUGAUGAAAUAGAUGCAAUAGGAGGAAGCCGAAACCCGAAGGACCAGCAGUACAUGAAAAUGACCCUGAAUCAGUUGCUUGUUGAGCUGGAUGGCUUCAAACAAAAUGAGGGGAUUAUUGUGAUUGCUGCUACUAAUUUCCCUGAAUCAUUGGACAAGGCACUGGUGAGACCAGGUCGAUUUGAUCGUCACAUUGUUGUUCCUAAUCCAGAUGUUGAAGGAAGGAGGCAGAUAAUGGAAUCCCAUAUGUCUAAGGUUUUGAAGGCAGAUGAUGUUGAUCUGAUGAUCAUUGCUAGAGGAACUCCUGGUUUCUCUGGUGCUGAUCUUGCGAACUUGGUCAACAUUGCUGCUCUCAAGGCAGCAAUGGACGGUGCUAAAGCAGUUAGCAUGACUGAUCUCGAGUAUGCAAAGGACAAGAUCAUGAUGGGCAGUGAGCGUAAAUCUGCUGUUAUCUCCGAUGAGUCAAGAAAGCUCACAGCUUUCCAUGAGGGUGGUCAUGCUCUCGUGGCUAUCCAUACUGAUGGGGCUCUUCCAGUUCAUAAGGCAACAAUUGUUCCUCGUGGAAUGUCUCUUGGCAUGGUUUCCCAACUGCCUGACAAGGAUGAGACAAGUAUCUCUCGUAAACAGAUGCUUGCCCGCCUCGAUGUUUGCAUGGGAGGUCGUGUUGCUGAAGAGCUCAUAUUUGGUGAAAGUGAAGUUACAUCUGGUGCUUCUUCUGAUCUCCAGCAAGCAACAUCUCUUGCAAGAGCAAUGGUAACAAAGUAUGGUAUGAGCAAACAAGUUGGGCUUGUCGCUCACAAUUAUAAUGACAAUGGAAAAAGUAUGAGCACGGAAACCAGGCUUCUUAUUGAGAAGGAGGUGAAGGAGUUCUUGGAGAGGGCUUACAAUAAUGCUAAAACUAUUCUCACCACCCACGGUAGGGAGCUUCAUGCUCUUGCUAAUGCUUUGCUCGAGCAUGAGACGCUUACGGGAGGUCAGAUAAAGGCUCUUCUUGCACAGGUAAACUCUCAGCAGCACCAGCAGCAGCAACAGCAACAACCAACCGUCACCCAACAGAGCAGUUCACAGCCCACUGCCGUGCCGCCUUCACCACCUAAUGCAGCAGCUUCUGCUGCCGCAGCGGCAGCGGCAGCAGCUGCAGCAGCAACUGCAGCAGCCAAGGCCAAAGGCAUUGCUCCUGUGGGAUCUUAGCAGGAAAGGUGCUUUUCUGAUUUAAUGUGCACAUAUAGUACUUUACCUCCAGUCUGUUUAUUUUUUGGGCAUUGUAGUUUGAUUGCAGUCAAUAGGAUUCCUUCUCUGUAUCACCUUGAGUUUGGUAUUAACAGCAUGCUGUAGAUGAUCUAUGGCAGUGACAUGUCAAGUGUAGCUAUUAUAAUUAAGGCUCUUGGGGAAACACCUUCUGCCCCCUUUUUUGUUUAUUUUUCACUUUUCAUUAUACAUUUAAAAAAAAAAAUGUCUUUUCAUUUUAUUGUUU